AUGCUAAUGCGCUAUCCAAAGACCAAGAGCUCAAUAUCGAUCCUUUCUACUAUAAUGAAAUCCAAGACUCUAGAAAAGGUACGAAGUGCUACAAAAGUUAGAAUUACUCCAUAUAAAACGGAAUUACCUGAUGCAGAUUUAGGAGAUUUUGAUACAAAAGCAUAUGAGAAGUGUCAUUUCAAAAGAACUAGAAAUAUUUCUCUUCCAUCUUUGCCGCCAAUCCCCAGUCCAUCAGAUAAAACAUUCAAUUCAAUAUUACUAAGGAAAAUUCAGCUAUGUGAAACAUUAUGUGAUUAUUCAAAUCCAAGAAAUGAUUCAUUUGCAAAGAAGUUAAAAAAAGAACAUUAA